AUGAUCGCCCCCAGCCGCUACGCUACGGUCGCGUCGGGCCAGACUCCGGACCCGCCACAGGCAUCAACGAUCUCCAAACUGCUCACCGUCAUGCUUAAUCCGGCUCUUCCGUGCUCAGUGGCCGACCAGGACGUUUUCGGCCCUAGUGUCAACACGUCCUGCCACCACGGCUUCGACUUCACCCUCCUGUUCGAGGAGACAAUUUUAACUCUCCUUCCGAUAAUUCUGUUCUAUCCUGUGGCAGCCCUGCGUAUCUGGAAUCUUCAUUACGCCUCGGAAAAGGUCAAUCGAUCAUGGCUGUACGCGACAAAGGAGACAGCAUUGCUUCUGCACAUAGCACUUCAAUUAAUUCUCUUGGUUUUCUGGUGCCAGUCAUCGACACCAACUACAAGGGCGACGAUUCCAACGGCAAUUGCGAAUAUCGUCUCCCUGCUUUUGGUGCUUUACCUAUCUCAUCUAGAACAUCUUCGCUCCCUGAGGCCAUCAACAACUAAUUGCCUUUUCCUUGGGCUCACUACGUUGCUUGAUCUUGCGCGACUGCGAACACUCUAUUUUAUUCCAGAUAACCAACUGAUAUCAAUUCUGUUCGCUGUAAGCUGGAUUGGCAAGGUCAUUGUUUUGGUCCUCGAGUCAACAGAGAAAAGAUCAUUGCUCAAGAAAGAAUACACUGAAAGUUCACUUGAGGCAACAAGUAGUAUCUUCAAUCGGGGCAUAUUUUGGUGGCUAAAUGGGCUGCUCUGGAAAGGGUCGAGAACUGUCCUCACCGUCGAGAGCCUUCCCGUCUUGGAUGAAGAUAUCCAGGCAUCUUCAAAUCCUGAAGAACUAUUUGAAAAAUGGAAGAAAGCUAACAAAUAUCGACCGAAUGCCUUGCUAUGGACAUUCGUCGCUCAUUACAAAUGGCAGUUCCUAGUGGGCGUCUUGCCACGCGUCGCAUAUACCGCGUUUACAUUUGCCCAGCCAUUCUUAGUCCAACGUGUUCUGGAAUUCAUGACCGAGUCAGAACAUGUCAACUCCGAGAACUACGCCCAUGGUCUCAUUGCCGCAUACGCGAUCGUUUAUGUUGGCAUUGCGAUCUCCUAUGCCAUCUAUGAGCACAAGACGUGCAGGUUGAUCACCAUGGUUCGAGGAAGCCUAGUCACCAUGAUCUUUGACAAGACACUUCGCAUGAGCACUUCCGCCGCAUCUGACGCCACAGCAAUUACAUUGAUGAGUACCGACAUUGAGCGCAUAGGAAGUGGUCUUCGCGAAAUGCAUGAGCUCUAUUCUAAUUUCAGUGAAGUUAUACUCGCUUUGUGGUUAUUAGCCCGUCUGCUUAAUAUUGCAACUGUUGCAUCAACAAUCAUCGUCGUUGUUUGCCUUAUUGCUGGUAUUCCACUCUCAAUCGCCUCUGGCAACGCCCAGGGUAUCUGGCUGGAAGCUGUCGAGGAACGUGUGGCAGUCACAUCGAAGGUUCUUGGAGUGAUGAAAAGCAUUAAAAUGACAGGGUUGACGGAAGUCAUCGCGAACAGCCUUCGGGAUCUUCGCUCUGGAGAAAUACAGGCUUCAUUCCUUUUUCGGUUAUACAGUGUGCUUGUCGUCACGUUCUCUUAUGCCUCUUCGGCCCUAGCACCUGUCUUUGGUUUCGGGGUGUAUAUCAUCUUAGCUCGUGCUAACGACUCUGGUACACUCACUAAUGGCCUUGCUUUCUCUGCACUAACACUCUUCUCUCUCCUUGACCAGCCUAUGGUGUCCUUUGUAUAUGGCUCGGAGGACAUCAUGGCGGUGGUUAACUGCUUUCAAAGAAUCCAGAAGCAUUUGCUCGAGACUGAGCGCGAUGACUGCAGGUUAACCCAUGAUCUGCAAAAACCGCAGCUGAUUGAGGUGGACCACAUGGAUAAGCAUCGUAGCCACGAUUCAUUUUCCAUCAUUGCUCGCAAUCUUUCUGCGUCAUGGUCAGUUGAUGAUGAGCCAGUUUUGAAGGGCUUGACUUUUGAUAUUUCAGUGGGAGAGACCACCAUGAUCAUUGGGCCUGUGGGUAGUGGAAAAUCAACUCUUUUGAGAGUUCUCUUGGGAGAAAUUCCCGAAUCCUCUGGGAUGAUAUCUACUACCUAUCAGAACGCUGCAUAUUGCAGCCAGUCUCCUUGGAUAACCUUCGGCUCAAUCCAACAGAAUAUCGUGGGUGCAUCACAAUGGGAUCAAAAAUGGUACGACCGUGUCAUUCAAGCCUGCGCCUUGCAGGCUGAUCUACUGCAGCUUCCCUCUGGAGAUCAAACAAAGGUUGGCGUUCGUGGAUCACGACUUAGCGGUGGUCAGCAAAUGCGGGUGGCUCUCGCAAGGGCUCUAUAUUCUAGAGAACCGGUUCUUAUCCUAGAUGAUGCUCUGACUGGGCUUGAUCGAGAAACGGAGAGAUGCAUCCUGCAGGAUGUUUUUGCUUCCGAGGGCCUUGUGAAGGAGGUCGGCCAAACAGUGAUUCUGGCCACAAACUCAGCUCAUCAUCUUCCCUACGCUGAUUUCGUCAUUGCCCUUGAUGAAGGUGGAAAAAUCAUUGAACAGGGUUUGUAUACGGAACUCGUGACUGCCCAAGGCUAUGUGAGCGCGAUUGCAAGCAAAUCCAGCACUGCCGCCACUACCCGAGCGCCAGAGUUGGCUCUUGAUGAUGAAACAUUAAAAGGGCUCAACCUCGAUAACGACAACACAGAUAAUGCAAGCCGGCGAACUGGUGACUUGUUAGUUUACUGGUAUUAUUUCCAGAAUAUCGGAUGGCCUCUACUGUUUCUAUUCUUUGGCUGCUCGGUAUUGUUCGUUGCCGGCAUGAUAUUUCCACAAAUCUGGCUGCAAUGGUGGACUCGUGCAAAUGAAGAGCAACCAAAUGAAAAUGUUGGGUACUGGUUAGGGGGCUAUGGGGCACUUGGAUUAUUGACUCUUCUUGCUGCGUUUCUCUCGGAAUGGGUGUUGGGAAUGAUGAUAGUACCCAAGACGGCCCGCCAGUUUCACAAUAUUCUUCUUGAUACAACAAUGAGCGCUACUACCUCAUUCCUGACGUCAACCGAUAUAGGAGCGACCACAAACAGAUUCAGCCAGGAUCUAGAGUUGAUUGAUGAGGAACUCCACACAGCAUUCGAGUCCACCAUUCUUGCUGUUCUCUUCUGUAUUGUUGAGGGUUUCUUGGUCUUUGUUGGCUCUUCGUAUGCUACUGUCGCCGUCAUUCCAUUCACCAUCAUUGCGGUCUAUUACGUGGCACAAUACUAUGUUCGCACAUCCCGCCAAAUCCGAUUACUGGAUAUAGAAGCCAAAGCGCCUCUUUUUUCACACUUCUUGGAAGCUCUUAGUGGCCUGUCCAGCAUCCGUGCCUACGGGUGGACUGAGAACUAUCAAUAUCAGAGCAAACUUGCUCUAGAUACCUCUCAGAAACCCUUUUACAUGAUGUACUGCAUUCAACGCUGGCUAAAUCUGGUCCUUGAUCUGAUCGUUGCCGGAAUUGCUGUGGUUGUGAUUUCAAUUGCAUUAUCCUUGAGGGGAACCUCUAGUUUGAACCUGCUGGGCAUCGCACUAUUCAACAUAGUCAAUUUCAGCGGAACUCUGCAGAUGCUGGUAAACCGGUGGACAGGUCUGGAGACUUCAAUCGGGGCGGUAUCUAGAAUUCGGUCUUACGUGCAAAGCGCCCAGACAGAGGAUCUGGAGCAUGAGACAGAAGCUAUUCCAACAUUUUGGCCGGAAAAGGGAAAUAUCGAGAUAGCUGGCCUGACAGCUUCCUACGACUCCUCCCCCGAACCAGUCCUCCAAGAUAUCACCCUCGGUAUAUGUGCAGGAGAGAAAGUUGCACUUUGUGGUCGAACUGGCAGUGGAAAAUCCUCGCUGAUCUCAACCUUUUUGCGAGUGAUUAAUCUCGACAGCGGUACUAUUCAUAUCGACGGGGUGGAUCUAUCCAGAAUUUCUAGGUCGCAUGUCCGGUCACGGUUGAAUACCAUUCCCCAGCAGGCCUUCUUUCUACAUGGCACAGUCCGACUCAAUGCCAAUCCUCUGGGGGACAUGCCAGAUGAGACCAUCAUUGAAGCUCUAAAUGAAGUCAAGCUAUGGUCUUAUCUUGAGUCAAAGGGCGGGCUAGAUGCGGAGAUGUCGGAAGAUAUCCUUUCACAUGGCCAACAACAGCUAUUUUGCCUCGCCCGAGCACUCUGCAAGCCAAGUCGUAUUCUCAUCAUGGAUGAAGCCACGAGCAGCGUCGAUUCGGAAACAGAAGACCUCAUGCAGGAGAUCAUCCGCACUCGCUUCAAAGAACAAACUGUCAUCGCCAUUGCACACAAGCUAGACACUAUUUUAGACUAUGAUAAAAUCGCAUUCAUGGACCGGGGCCGGAUUGUGGAAUUUGAUACACCCAGAGCGCUUUUAUCACAGGAGACCUCGGCAUUUAAGACCUUGUUUGAUAGCUUUCGCCAUCGUCCGGAGUGA